AUGUCGACCUCGUUCGAAAUCAUUGAUGCUGCUAAUCGCCACUUCGAGAAACUUUUCAACGGCGGCCAACUCGAUGAACUAGUCGCACUGUACACAUCAGAUGGAAAACUCUGUCCACCGGAUAAGAAUGUCUACCAAGGACGUGAACAAAUAAAGAAGUUUUGGGAAGGUGCGCGCAAUGCUGGAGUGGACAAUUUACGUUUGACAACAGGAACUGUUCUCGAAGCAGGCUCUGAUCGUUUGACUGAAACGAGUUCAUAUCAGCACUCAUUAGAUCGUGGUAAUUACCAAGUCAUAUGGAAACGUGUUGGCGAAGGAAAAGAUCAAUGGCAAUUGGAAAUUGAUAUCUUUAACUGA